AAAAAAGAAAAGGAAAAAAAAUAAGAAGAAAGAAAGAAAUAAGAGGGUGAAAAUUGUGGAAGGCGCUCAAAUCUUUUGCAAGAAAGAAAGAAAGAAAGAAUGACGGAAGGGGAGAUGGGCAUUCCACAAUUGGAAUAAUCAAGCAGUUGACGAUGAAAGAGAGCAAGAAGAAGAAGACGAAGAGAUUGACGGAGGAGGAAAGUCCAACUCCUAGGGUAAUGGAUCCCAAAAUAGAACAAGGAAAGCAUCUCAGGGGGAAAGUGGAGCAAGUUGUUGGGUCUAUGAUUCUUAAUUUAGAGGAUGAUGAUGGGUCAACUGGAGUAACCAAUUUUGGUUUGGAUUACGCACUUGGAGCGGAUCCUUUGAGCAAUUCUGCAGCCAUUCGAGCGUUGCGUGCCAAUCCUGAAAGGGUGAAAAGGAGAACAAAAUCAAAACACAAGGUUGCAUAUGGUGAAGAAUGCAAGAGGGAUCAAAAUGAGAAGAACAAAACCAAAACAAAUAAUGAUGCUUUGAUUAAUCCUGAUUCAUUCAAUGUUGUAGGCAGUGGCAGGACUCAGAUGAAAAGUGAUAAGAAGGAAGAACCCAAUGAGACCACAUUUCCUGUGGGCACCGGUGAAGUUGAUGACAAAACCAUCCACAAGAGGAGCUAUCGCAGUAGCAGUCACCGUAAGAACUCUUUGAACUUAGGGAUGUCACCUGUAGUGGUUUCUCAUUAUUUUCAGGAAGACAAAGCUCCUGAUGGUCAAGAGAUGAAUGAGAAGGAAAAGAUUAAACUCGAUCACAAUGUUGAAUCAAAUAUUAAAUCAGUCAACUUAGAUGUGAGUAUACCGGAUCGGUCUAAUUCUUUGGCUCAUAUCAUUGAGAGCGGUGGCAAGAAGAAGAAGAAGAGGAAGAAGGAAAGGGAGGAGGUGGAAGAAGGAAGUCAAAAUAAGCAUUGUGGAAAAACUCGGCAAAUGCGCGUAACUUCUCCAUAUUUUCCAGAAUUAAUCGAAGAAAAGGACAGGCAUGAGAAAGAUAUGGAGUCUGUUGACAAAGUUCCUGAUGGUCUAGAGAUGACUGAGAAGGAAAAGACAAAAUUCAAUCACAAUGUUGAAUCAAAUAUCAAAUCAGUUAACUUAGAUGUGAGUGUACCGGAUCGGUCUAAUUCUGUGGCACCUAUCAUUGAGAGCAGUGGCAAGAAGAAGAAGAAGAGGAAGAAGGAAUGGGAGGGGGUGGAAGAAGGAAGUCAAAAUAAGAAUUGCAGAAAAACUCGGCAAAUGCGGGUAACUUCUCCAUAUUUUCCAGAAUUAAUCAAAGAAAAAGACACGCAUGAGAAAGAUAUGGAUCCUGUUGACAAAGUUCCUGAUGGUCUAGAGAUGACUGAGAAGGAAAAGACAAAACUCAAUCACAAUGUUGAAUCAAAUAUCAAAUCAGUUAACUUAGAUGUGGGUGUACCGGAUCGGACUAAUUCUUUGGCACACAUCAUUGAGAGUGGUGGCAAGAAGAAGAAGAGGAAGAAGGAAAGGGAGGAGGUGGAAGAAGGAAGUCAAAAUAAGAAUUGUGGAAGAACUCGGCAAAUGCGGGUAACUUCUCCUUAUUUUCGACAAUUAAUCAAAGAAAAAGACAGGCAUGAGAAAGAUAUGGAGCCUGUUGACAAAGUUCCUGAUGGCCUAGAGAUGACUGAGAAGGAAAAGACAAAACUCAAUCACAAUGUUGAAUCAAAUAUCAAAUCAGUUAACUUAGAUGUGAGUGUACCGGAUCUGUCUAAUUCUUUGGCACAUAUCACUGAGAGCGGUGGCAAGAAGAAGAAGAAGAGUAAGAAGGAAAGGGAGGAAGUGGAAGAAGGAAGUCAAAAUCAGCAUUGCGGAAAAACUCGGCAACUGCGGGUAACUUCUCCAUAUUUUCAAGAAUUAAUCAAAGAAAAAGACAGGUAUGAGAAAUAUUUGGAGCCUGUUGACAAAGUUCCUGAUGGUCUAGAGAUCACUGAGAAGGAAAAGACAAAACUCAAUCACAAUGUUGAAUCAAAUAUCAAAUUAGUUAACUUAGAUGAGAGUGUACCGACACAUAUCAUUGAGAGUGGUGGUAAGAAGAAGAAGAAGAGGAAGAAGGAAAAGGACGAGGUGGAAGAAGGAAGUCAAAAGGAGUGUAGCAGGAAUGAGACAAACAGGUUGGAAUAUGGUUCCGCUAUACUGGAAACUAAUUUUCCCAUUUUUGCCACUAACAGUAACCACAAAGAAGACAGUGGGGGUGUGUUCUUGUUGGACAAGUAUGAGGGCGAUGGCAAGAAUAGGGGAAUGGAUGAGGGCUGUAGCUCAAAGGACUUGAAUUUGGUGGUAAAUUUUCCAUAUCAUCAUAAGGGAGUUGAAGAAGAGAUAACUGAGGAGGAUGCGAAGAAGACUCAUCCCAAUUAUCCGAUCAAGGGGAAGAUUAAUACUUCUAAUCUGGGAAAUGAUGGAAAUGGUGCUGCAGUCAAUAUGGAUGCGAUUGAGGACUUGUUCUCUCAAUUUAUUUAUAAGGGCAGUAGAAACACAAACAGAAGUGAUGAUGUGCAUGACAUGGAUGUUCUGAAACCACAAAGUCUCCAUCCUCAUGUUGUGAAGGAUGUGGAAGAGGAAAAGGAUUUCAAGGAGGCCAAACAGAAGAAUACAGAACCUGACUGUGUAGUUAAGAAGAAGAUUGAUCAAUUCAUUAUCACCAAUGAGUGUGAAAGGGGUUGUGCCAGUGUAGAUGAGAAUGAGGGUCUGUUUGUACCACACAUGGAUGAAAAACUGAAAGAAGAAAAGGGACAAAGAAAUGAAACGGAAAUCAACAAGGUUAUGUCCAGUAGUAGAAGAAAGGAUGGGGAUGGUCAGAAGAAAGCAUAUGCAGAAGUUCGUGUGGGUUCUGGUUACUUUGAGACCUCAACAGGGAAAGAAAUGGCACUGAGUGAGGGGAAGCAUCUAAAAUCUAAAUCGUUAAAACCAUCCGCAAAGAAGUGUCCCAAAGUAGUGACAGUUUCCCCCUACUUCUAUAAUGAAUCAGCACGAGAGAAUGAUAUUUCCAACGCAUUCAAAAGUAAAGGUGAAUGCAAAGUAGUGAAAGUACUGCCUAAAAGGGCUCAAAGGGCAUCUGUGGAUAAACCUGUUUUAACUGCUGCCCAGAAACGAGAUGAGGCUUACCAAAGAAGAACUCCAGAUAACACAUGGAUUCCUCCACGGUCCCCUUUCGGUCUCCUUCAAGAGGAUCAUGCCCAUGAUCCUUGGAGGGUCAUAGUGAUAUGCAUGCUUCUCAAUCGGACAACUGGUUUGCAGGCUGGUAGAGUUAUAUUGGAGCUAUUCACUUUGUGUCCAAAUGCAAAGAUUGCUACAAAGGUUGCCACAAAAGAGAUUGAAAAGGUGAUAUGCACUCUAGGUUUACAAAAGAAGAGAGCUGUGAUGAUUCAGCGCUUCUCUUGCGAAUAUUUGGGAGAAAGCUGGACUCAUAUUACUCAGCUUCAUGGUGUUGGCAAGUACGCGGCCGAUGCCUAUGCAAUAUUUUGUACAGGGAAGUGGGAUGGUGUGAGACCCAUGGAUCACAUGCUAACUAAAUACUGGGAAUUUCUCCGCGGUAACAAUGUUACAUUGGGAUAGAUGUUUCUUCUUGUUACAGAGGAUUGAUUUUCUAGUUUCUGAGUCAUCAUAUAACUUAAGUUAUUCAGAUCUUUAGAUUAAUGCGUGUAGAUGGCAUCCAUGGGUAAAGGAAGGUUGGGUUUUUGUGUUUCUUCUGCAACGUUUUGGGAUGCAGCUUUUUGGUGGAAAUUGCUUAUUAUGAUGGAAGUCGCAGUUAUGAAAUUUUCUUGAUAAUUGCAAGAAUUCAGAGGUUGAAGUAAUAUUCCCUAGAGAUAUAUGACUGCAGUGAUAUUUCUUUUCAAUUUAGAUUAGAUUGUUGGAACAAA